AUGAAUCAACAGUGCAAAGUGUGUGGAGAACCUGCAGCAGGAUUUCACUUUGGAGCAUUUACAUGUGAAGGUUGCAAGCAUGUCUUAUCUUUCACGGGAGAAAGACAAGCAAUCCACAUACUUGUAGAAUGGAAAAGUUGUAAAUAUUCUAUUAAUGAAGAGAAGGAGACCGAAAACAUGUUGGAGAAGCCACAACAAGAAGAAAAAUGUCGUUUAGCUAUUAACAUAAAUUUCCUAAUCAACAUCCGAUGUCACGCAGCGAGAGUCAAAGCAUUACAUCAAAUAUUUGAGGAAGCGAAACCACAAAAAAUAUUUCGAUUAAUAUUAAUGGGCAACUGCAAAAAAGUUAUAAUCAAAAAGACGAAGAGCGAGACAUAUCUCGCUUCUUCACUACACACUCAUCCCACAUUCGAAUUUGGCUAA